CUGCGACCACUUUUGCAGAUGUAAAAUCCCUCAUACUGAUAUCACCUUUGUUACUUCAAAUCACCAUCGUUCUUCCCAUUCCGCCCCUUUCCUCCCCCCCCCUCGCCUUAUCGGGUCGAAAAAUUUCUCCCACUCCGGGUCACUCCAACCGAUUGAGAUCGUCUUUCCACCUCUCAAAUCCCAACGUCUCCAUUCCCUGGUGCUGCCCCUCCCUCCCUCCGAGGUCUCCCCUUCCCCCCUCUCUCUUUGAGUUAGUGACUUGAGUUACUACGGAGGUUACGGCACGUGCAUCAUUAUCUAAUCCACGCCGCUCUAAUUGGACACACGAUCAGUCCAGUAUACAUUAGCCCCUCUUCACGCUUUUCAAUUGAAGUUUCUCCCCAACACAGCCAAGCCAUGUCCGAACGAGGCUCAUUCCGAGGAGGUCGCGGCCGCGGCGGAGGUUACGGUGACCGGUCUGGCGGCCGUGGCGGGCAGGGCCGCAGUGGCGGUGCAGGUGGCGGUGCACACCGCGAGCACCGCGAGCACCGCGACCAGCAGCAGCAGCAGCAGCAAGAAAAGCCCAAGAAGGAGAACAUCCUGGAUCUGAACAAGUACAUGGACAAGGAGGUGCGCGUCAAGUUCAAUGGCGGCCGUGAGGUCACUGGUAUCCUGAAGGGCUACGACCAAUUGAUGAAUUUGGUUCUGGACGAUGUGAAGGAAGGCAUGCGCGAUGACGAGGGCAACGAGACCACGCGCUCUCUGGGGUUGAUCGUGGCCCGUGGUACGCUGAUUGUGUUGAUCUCCCCGGCCGAUGGCAGCGAGGAGAUCGCCAAUCCGUUCGUGCAGCCGGAGGAGUAAGGGUUCCGUGGGUGGGGAUUCCAUGUAUUGUGAUUUGAAGAGCAUCGGCUCUGGCUUGUGACAUGACGGCUGAGGUUGAUGGCCUCGAUGCCCGGCUACCUAACGCCGAGUAAUCCCAGUUGAGUUGAUGAAGGCAUCUACUGGUCGAGGAGUCAUCCCAUUUACGAAAGCAGAUGAAAGGAUAUACCAGAUGUGCUUUGGGCUUUGGGCUUCGUGCUUCGAGCAGUGACUGCAGCAGAAUGGGUGAUUAGAAAGAAAGAUCAAUGAAAUUAGCGACCUCUAAGUUACCGAGUGACAUGUCAUGACAUCACGGCAGGGAUGGGGAUGAUGACGA